CGAGGCGCUAACUAGUCGAACCGGCAACUUGGAUCGCGAUCGCAGACACGCGAUUCGAGCUCAGAAUGAGACGACAUUUACUUUGUCGUGUGCACGCGUUAUUAUCAAUACAGUCUUCGCCUCCGCUAACGCCACCAUCGCGUAAUACAUAAAUUUACACGCUAAUAAAAUCACAAUCAUUUUCUAAUGCCAGUGCACAAAUAGUUCGAGGUUUUUCACCCAUAAUAAUCACUUAACCCUUUCGCUUUUCAUCGAUUCGUCGUCGUCGUCGUCGCUGGUUCGUCGGCGUGUUUUUCGCGUAAUAUUGCAGCGAGACGCGGAAUAUGAUAUUUUCCUAUGCGCGUUUACCAUUCGACGUGUUCUCGUUGAUUGUGUGUUCGGCUCUGUUGGCACGAUAUACUUACGUAGAAAGCUUAGAAGAAGGAAAAUCGACGAAAAAAGAACGAGCUCCAGCUUCCGAGCAUCUCACCGUCGAUCCGGAACAAUCUCUGGAUGAACGAAAUGGCUUGCUGAAUGAGCACGAGAGCGACCUGCCACCGGGUUUUCUCAGUCCUUCGGUGCGCGAAUACUUGGAGCUGGGUAAAUCGAUACCAGGUCGACCUGGCACCGACUACCCGGUCCUGUCUGUGGUACCAUAUACAGAUUUUUACUGCGAAGACCAACCGUACCCGGGAUUCUUCGCCGACAUGGAAACCCGCUGCCAAGCCUGGCACUAUUGCGACAUCGAUGGCCGUCAAGCGUCGUUUUUAUGCCCAAAUGGCACGCAAUUCAGUCAAGCCGUAUUCAUAUGCGACUGGUGGUUUAAUGUUAAUUGCAAUCUAAGUCCUAAAUUGUAUUCGAUAAACGCUCGCCUGUAUCAGAGGCCUAAAUUGAACCCUACCAAACCCCACCGAUUAAUUACUAAACAGCUUAUCGAUAAUAUAUUUUUAAGGAGACGUAAAAGAUAGAAGAUCAAGAAGACCCCAAGUCGUAUACGAAUGUACAAUUUUGUACCAUAAUUACUUACGUAAUAAUUUGUGAUCAACGUUUUUGAUGGUCAUUAAAAUUUCUUCCUUCUCAACUUUUCUUUCUCUUUCUAUUUUUUUCCCUCAAUUUUUGUAAUAUAUUUUACAUUAUUUUUCGUAAACUUAAUUUAUAAAUUUAUUAUAACGAAUAAGAUGAUAUUAUAAGAUAUUUAUAAAAUCUGUGUCAUCCCUCGAAUAUUUUUUUACAACAAUAAAACAAUCUCUUUUGUAAA